AUGGCGGGGGAGAACAAGCAAAAGAAAUAUGCUCUGAUUGGUACAGGCGGUCGUUCGUCUUUUUUCUACACCGCAAUAGCGACGACCUACAAAGAGACAUCCGUUGUCGUAGCGCUAUGCGAUACCAAUCAAACACGACUGGACUUUGCGAACUCGCAGUUGGAGUCUCUUGGCCAUGCCAAGGUUCCCACUUUCAAAGCGUCGGAUUUCGAGCGAAUGAUCCGGGAAACGAAACCAGAUGAGGUCAUCGUAACAACAAUCGAUCGUACACACAACAUCUACAUCGUCCGCGCACUGGAACUAGGUUGCAAUGUUGUAACAGAGAAACCCAUGACUAUUGACGCACCGCGAUGCCGCGAGAUAUUCGACGCUGUCGAGCGAACGGGCAAGAAAGUGCGCGUUACGUUCAACUACCGUUACGCACCGCACAACACCAAGGUCUGGGAACUCCUUCGGUCUGGAGCGAUCGGAAGAGUGACUAGCAUACAUUUCGAAUGGAUGCUCAACACGUCACACGGUGCAGACUAUUUCCGUCGCUGGCACCGUGAUAAGCGUAACAGCGGAGGUCUGCUUGUCCACAAAUCAACACAUCAUUUCGACCUCGUCAACUUCUGGUUAUCAUCGCGUCCGGAAACCGUUUACGCACAGGGAAACCUGAACUUCUACGGACGAGAGAACGCUGAGAAGAGAGGUGUACAGGAAUUCUAUACACGAGCCCAUGGUAGUGAGGUAGCAAAGAAAGAUCCAUUCGCCCUGCACAUGGACCAAAAUGAGAAGUUGAAGAAGAUGUACCUCGAUGCGGAGCAUGAAGACGCAUACUAUCGCGACCAAAGCGUCUUCGGCGACGGCAUAAGUAUAGAAGAUACAAUGAACCUCCUAGUAAAGUAUGAGAAUGGCGCGGUACUCACCUAUUCUUUGACCGCCUACGCACCCUGGGAAGGUUUCCGUGUAUCGUUCAACGGUACCGGCGGCCGUGUGGAAAUGGAGGUCGUCGAGAACAGCUAUGUGAAUAGUGGGGGAGACCAAUCGCUUGAGGGAUCGCUCGAAAAGCGAUCGAUCACACUCAGAAAGCUAUUUGAGAAGCCCGAGGACAUAGAAAUCCCCGAUUCUGUCGGUGCGCAUGGCGGUGGUGAUGAAGUCCUGCUAGCAGACUUGUUUGGUGAGCAAGGUGCAGAGAUCGAUCAGGAUAUGAGAGCUGCGAGCCACAUCGAUGGUGCGCUUUCGAUUCUCACAGGUAUCUGUGGAAACAAGUCGAUGGCUACGGGGCAAGUUGUGAAAGUUAGCGACGUCUUCGUGGUGUAG